AUGAAUGCUUACGGACAAGAUAUCGGUUACGAGUCUCUGAUCAACCUGAUGUUGAAGGAUCUGUUUAAGCUUCUGGUGGCCUGUGUGUCUGAACCUGCAGAAACCAUCUCCAGAGUGGGCUGCUCCUGCAUCCGGUAUGUUUUGGUCACAGUGGGUCCAGUGUUCACAGAGGAAAUGUGGAGGUUGGCCUGCUGUGCUCUGCAGGACGCUUUCUCUGCUACCUUAGAGCCUGUCAAGGUGUGUGUCGAGACCUACGUGUCCAGCUGCCACCAGCGCAGCAUUAACACAGCGGUCAGAGCCACACUGAGCCAGAUACUGGGAGACCUGACGCUACAGCUGCGACACAGACAAGAGGGUGCAGAUGGAGACGAGGUGACUGCACCGCCACUGCACAGAAGAGAUAUUUCUCCGACAAGCCAGGCUCUGUGUGAAGAUGUGGUGACUGUUCUGACAGUUUUCUGUGAAAAGCUGGAGUCAGUGGACAGUGGUAACCAGCUCCUGCAGCUCCUCUAUCUGGAGUGCAUUCUCUCCAUGCUCAGCAGCUGUCCGCCCACAAUGCACCUGUCCAGAGGUUUUACUGACCUUGUAUGGAAGCAGCUGUGUCCAUCCCUCGUGGCAAUCAUGGGAAAUCCCGUCAACGAUAAAACAAUCACUUCCCACCACAGCUCUCUCUCAGGAAUCAGCCAGGAGGUGGAUUCCUCCAGUGGAGGGGUAUCCGAUCAAGGCAGAGGGUCCGGCUGUUCCUCCAGUGCCCCCGCCAGGAUUGCACCAGUAGUGCGGACUGUGUGUUACAUUGCCGCGGAGCUUGUGCGUCUGGUCAGCUGCGUGGAGUCAAUGAAACCGGUGCUGCAGUCACUCUACCACAGGAUCCUGCUGUACCCGCCCCCUCAGCACCGCAUUGAGGCCAUCCGAAUCAUGAAGGAGAUUCUAGGUAGUCCCCAGCGGCUGUACGACCUGGCCGGUCCAUGCGUGGCUGAGCCUGAAACCAGGAAGCGCUCCUUCUCAAAGAGGAAGUCUCACCUGGACCUGCUUAAACUAGUGAUGGACGGGAUGACAGAGGCCUGUAUGAAGGGAGGCAUCGAGGCGUGUUACUCUUCUGUCUCCUGUGCCUGCGCUCUCCUCGGGGCGCUGGAUGAGAUGUCGCAAGGCCGCGGCAUCCAACCAGAGCAGGCUCUGCUUCUCCUCAGACGACUGGACGACCUGAAAGAUGGUACAGAAUCGACACGUGAGUCCAUGGAGAUCAACGAGGCCGACUUCAGGUGGCAGAGACACAUCCUGUCCUCUGAGCAGGCUCCCUAUGACCCCAGCUCAUCUUCCUCCAACAGUGGGAUCCACUCCCCGGGUUUCGAGACAGGUGACACUCUGAGCUGUCAGUCUCUGAUGAACGCAGACGGUCUCUACCUGGUGUCGUACUAUGCUCUGCUGCUCAACCUCAAACUUUGCUGCUGCGACUACUACAGACGGAGAACCCUCGCACCCGUCCUCAGCCUGAAGGAGUUUGUGCGUCUGAUCCAGAGCAGUGGAGUCCUUGUCGUUCUGUCUCAGGCCUGGAUCGAGGAGCUCUACCACCAGGUGUUAGAGCGCAACCUGCUGGCUGAGGCUGGGUACUGGGGCUCACCGGAAGAUCACAUACUGCCGCUCAUCACCAUGCUGACAGAUAUAGACGGUCUGGGCAGCAGUGCGAUUGGAGGUCAGCUGAUCAGGAGGGCAUCCAGCCGAUCACCACUCAGCUGUGACAAGGCCGGCAGUGACACUGUGAUGGCAGGAGCCGUGUUCUCCCGCUUCAUCCUCACCGGCGUGUGGAAGAACCUGAUCGAUGUGCUGUCCACGCCGCUGACGGGCCGCAUGGCGGGCAGCUCCAAAGGCCUGGCCUUCAUCCUGGGAGCUGAGGGUGUCAAAGAGCAGAGCCAGAGGGAGAGAGACACCAUCUGUCUGAGUUUAGACGGCCUACGCAAAGCUGCUGCUCUCAGCUGCGCCUUGGGUGUGGCUGCCAACUGUGCCUCAGCUUUAGCACAGAUGGCUGCAGCCUCCUGCGUGCAGGAGGAGAAGGAGGAGAAGGAGGUGGGAGAGACAGGAGACGCCAUCACACAAGUGAAGCAACGUGUUGAGCAGCGGCUGGAGCAGAUCGGUCGUCCUCAGGGAGUUCGCCUCCACACCGCUCAUGUGUUGUGUAUGGACGCCAUCCUCAAUGUAGGACUGGAGAUGGGUAGCCACAACCACGACUGCUGGCCGCAUGUUUUCAGGGUGACUGAGUACAUCAGUUCACUGGAGCACACCCACUUCAGUGAUGGCUCCUCGCAGCCGUCCUCUUUGACCACCAUCACCCAGCAGAGCCAGCAGGCAGGUGUGGACUUGGGGAUGGAGCUGAGCUGCGAGCCCAGCCCAGAGGCCUCUGAACUGGGCUUGAGCCAGCCAGUCAUCCAGCCUCUGUCCAUCCAGGAGCUGCUGAGGGAGAGUAGCCGAGGGGGCAGAGGUCUGGACCUGAAGAGCGGCAGCCUGAUGACUGGGACCAGUGCAGCCAAGGCUGUGUGUACACUGUCAACACAGGCAGACAGGUUGUUUGAAGAAGCAGCUACCAAACUGAACCUGGUUGGUCUGGUCGGCUUCUUGCAGCAGCUCAGGAAAGCUUCUCAGUCUCAGCUUUUCAACUCUGUUACUGAGACUGUAGACUACUCACUGGCAAUGCCAGGGGAGGCCAAGUCAACAAUGGACCGACGCAGUGCUCUCCAUCUCUUCCGUCUGGGUGAGGCCAUGCUGCGGAUCGUCAGGAACAAGAACCGACCAUUGCUCCACAUAAUGAGGGCCUGGAGCGUGGUGGCCCCACAUCUGGUGGAGGCGGCAUGUCACAAAGAGCGCCACGUAUCCCAGAAGGCCGUUUCCUUCCUCCAUGAUGUUCUGACAGAGGUGCUGACGAGCUGGGCCGAGCUUCCACACUUCCACUUUAACGAGGCGCUGUUCAGGCCCUUCGAGCACAUUAUGCAGCUGGAGCUCUGUGACGAGGACGUACAGGACCAGGUGAUAACAUCAAUAGGUGAGCUGGUGGAGAUGUGUUCUCCUCAGAUCCUGUCUGGAUGGAGGCCUUUGUUCAGUGCUUUGAGGACCGUCCACAGCAGCAAGACCGACACUAAAGACUACCUGGUGGGAGAAUACUCCAUGGGGAAGUCCCAGGCACCAGUGUUUGAUGUCUUUGAGGCUUUCAUCAACACUGACAACAUCCAGGUUUUUGCCAAUGCUGCCACUGACUACAUCAUGUGCCUCAUGAAAUUCGUCAAAGGCUUAGGAGAGGUGGACUAUAAGGAGAUUGGAGACUGUGUCCAUGUGUCGGGGUACAGCUCCACUGACCUCUGCCUGCCUGCUCUCGAUUACCUCCGCAGAUGUUCACAGCUGCUGGCAAAGAUCUACAAGAUGCCCUCCAAGCCGGUGUUCUUGGGAGUUCGGCUCGCCAGUCUGCUACUGAGGUCACAGGAACGCUUAAUCAGCACUGAGGACGGGAUGGACUGCGUCCUGCAGGAGUUUGAUGAUGACACAGGUCUGAUCCAGGUGUGGAUUUUGUUACUAGAGCAGCUGACAGCAGCAGUGUCAAACUGUCCUCGCCAACACCAACCUCCAACCCUGGAGCUGCUCUUCACUUUGCUCAGAGAGGUCACCAUUACACCAGGUCCGGGUUUCGCCAUCUUCUCCGUCAUCCAGUUGCUGCUUCCUGUGAUGUCACUCUGGCUGCAGCGUAGCCACGGCGACCAUUCUUACUGGGAUGUGGCGGCUGCAAAUUUUAAACACGCCAUUGGCCUGUGCUGCGAGCUGGUGGUGGAGCACGUCAACAGUUUCAUACACUCAGAACCUUCUAGCGUGUUUUCACAGCGGUUCAGACAGUUUUUCUGGAGACGCCUGCGAGGUGAAGGUGGCGGCUCCGUCCCACUCUCCUUCAGCUGAGGCUGAGUACUGGAGGAUCAAAGCAAUGGCUCAGCAGGUCUUUAUGUUGGACACCCAGUGCUCUCCAAAGACGCCCAACAACAAGGACGGCUUUGAGCACGCUCAGUCCUGUGUUCUCAUCAUUGAGUUGCCGUCUGACCAGCAGUCCAAUGGACACACACAGAAGAGAAUCCCAUUCCGGACCAUCGUGGUGAGCCUGCUGUCCCACCAAGUCCUGCUCCAAAACCUCUAUGACAUCCUGCUGGAGGAGUUCGUCAAGCAGCCCGAAGGUCACGAAAAGGUUACACCUGUGACCUCUGACCCCAGCAGAACCACAGCAGGCUUCCUGCGUUACAUCUCCAUGACUAAUUUAGCCAUUAUCCUGGAUCUGCUGCUGGACUCUUACAGGACAGCGCGGGACUUCGACACUCGCCCAGGUCUUAAGUACCUACUGAUGAAAGUGUCGGGUGUUUGUGGAGCGGCUAAUCUCUACCGCCAGUCUGCCAUGAGCUUCAACCUGUACUUCCAGGCCUUGCUGUGUGCCACACUGAGCCAAGCUGACGGCAUGACUGCACAGCAGGUGAAGAGGAUCCUGUAUGAGGAAGAGGAGAGGAGUUCUGACUCCUCUCACCCUGGCUCUGCUUCCUCAGAGGACGAAGACAUCUUUGAAGAAACAGCACAGGUCAGCCCCCCUCGCGGCCGGGAUAAACGCCACCACUGGCGAGCUCCCAUCCCGUCUCUCAGCGUGCAGCCGCUGGGUGGCGCAGACUGGGCCUGGCUGGUCAAACGGCUCUACAAGCUGUGCAUGGAUCUGUGCAACAGCUACAUUCAAAUGCACCGGGACCUAGAGAGCACGCUGGAGGAGACAGCGCUGCUGAGAGGAGCAGCAGGAGGAGGAGAACACUUCCUUCUCCUGCCUUUCUUACAGUCUGAGACUUCCACCCCGACGUCAGCAAGCGGGCUUUCAGCACGGGGGACGCCAUCAGAGGAGGGCGGGUACAGGUGUCAGACAGCGGACCUGAGCACAGCAUCACCAGGAGACACGCCCACACCCAGCCCAGGAUUCAGCUGCACAGGCAGUCUGCCCCACCACUUCCGGACUGAUGGCGAGAGGAGGGACUCCAGCAUCAUGGGAAGCUCAGUUGGAGGAACUCCUGGCAGCACUGGACCUGGAAGGAGAAAGGAAUGGUGGGAAAGCGCCGGCAACAAACUGUACACCAUCGCCACAGACAAAACCAUCAGCAAGCUAAUGAUGGAGUACAAACGCAGGAAACAGCAGCAACAGCAGCCGCAGCAGAGCCACGUCAAUCUAUUCAUGAAGGAGCAGGGCCGGGCGGCGGCAGCUGGAGGCGGUGUUGGAGAGAGGAGGGGCCACGUGGAGCCACAAAGGCCCCCACAGAGGCCCCAGCAUCUGGUGGACCAGCAAGGUCCCCCCUUGAGGCACUCAGUAAGUGCGGGACCUGAGGUCCUGAGGCAGGAGAAGAGACCACGGUCAGGAUCCACCAUCAGCUCCCACAGCAUCUCACUGAGGGACUCUGAGGCUCAGAUACAGGCGUGGACCAACAUGGUCUUGACUCUCCUCAAUCAGGUCCUCCGCCUGUCAGAUUCCUCGUUCCUGGCACUCCAGCCGGCGCUCUACCCCUGCCUUAGCCAGCUCUCCUGCCACGUGACCGACGGCCGCGUCCGCCAGGCAUUGUGUGAUUGGCUGGGUCGCGUCGGCAGACUCUAUGACAUCAUUCUGUGACACUGCAGCGAAGGAAUGCAAAAGCUGCGGAGGAGGAGCUCAGUCUGUCUGUCAGCAAAGGACGUAACCAGAUGAAAGAUGAAUUUGAUUGGUCUGAUGCCACCAUGUAACCGUAGAUAAUGAAGGGUUUGAUUGGCUGAUGGUGCAAUGCAAAGGGUGAGAAAUGGCAGGCUGUGACAUCAUAACGUCCCAAUGUUACUGACUGGUGGAACGGGGAGGGAAGAACAGGGAGGACACUGGCGAACAUCAUGUGACAUUAAGUCGGAGGAUUUGAUUGGCCAAUGCAGAAUGUGGUGAGAAGAAUCCAGGAUUGAGUGUGUGAAGGUAUUUUCGUGCGUAAUGGAAAUGAUUUGAUCAUGAAUGUGCCAUUUCUGCCUCUUGUUCCUCAAUUGAAGUAGUUCAUUUGCACGCGCACACACACACACACACACACACACACACAGAGUGUCAAAGCUUAAGUUUUAAAAAACGGAUUUGCAGAAUUGCUCAUGUUCUUGUCACAUUAUUGUCAUUUUAUCACUAUAUCAUCACGAUAUGCCUCCACUAAGGCCAUAAAUAAUUACUUUGAAUUAUUGCUUCAUCCUCAUGUGGAUUCAGACAUCAUGUGCAAUGAAUUAUGAUUAUUGUAGUUCACAUGCAUACUUUUCCCUUUAACGAAUCAACGCUUUAUAAAAAGGUAACCUGUGGAGUUUGCUAGUAAGUAAAAACAGCUUUAUUUACAUUCAGAGGAUUGCUAAAUUUGUUAGUAUGCUGCAGUCACUGUUGGCGAGUUCUGUAACAUGACAUUAGAUUUUUCCAUUUUAUGUUUCUCCUGUUCAACACCUUUAUGUUUUAUGGUUUCCAUACACUAAACACUUUUGCCUUCUGCAGUCAGCAGAAUUGUGUAUCACUUCACCCUUGUGCAUGUAUGCAUACAUGCAAGUGUACCCCAGGGGGUACAUGAAAGAAACUGCAGAUCAAACCACCAACCUUCUGAUAAGUGGACAACCCGCUCUACCUCCUGAGCCACAGCUGCCCAACUAAGUCAUUGAGUCAACUGUAACAGUUUGUCAGUUUUUGUACAAAUGGAAAUAAAUCAAAACACUGACAGUUCAACUUUAUGAAAAAAUAUAUCCACUUUUAUAUAGUCCAUAGUGUUAACUGAUACCUGUUUAAAAUCAAUUCAAAUGAACUUUUUGGAAGAAUGACUGGUGUUGAUGAUCAGAGAGAAUCGCUGCUGUAGAGCAUGAAUAUCCAAACAACAGACACUCGCUCAUCAAAAUAUUGCUCCAUAGCACUACAAAAUGUCAAAAAAAUCAAUUUUCUUAUCUACGUUCAUCCCAUUAUUACUACUGGUUAUGAUAACAAUGGGGACUAAUAGCAAGAACUGUGGGUGGCCUACCAAACCCUGCCAGUUCACUUCCUCAACAGAUAAUAUAAGGGGGAAACAUCCAUAUGCAUAAACACAACAGCGACAGAUCACAGCCACAGAAUCCAGCUAAAAUGAGGUCACAUGAUUAAAGUUGAAAUUUAUUUUAUUUUUUCCAGAGUCAGAGAGUGAGGCCACAUUACAUGCGGUGGAGAUGUGUUUCGCAUUUGUUCCAAUUGUAUAUGAAUGUUUGUUGCCGCCAUGCAAUCUCUAUAUGCAGCUUUAAAUACUGUGCAGUCUCAUUCUCCUUCAACUGAAUGUCUUUGUUUAUUGUUCACUUUCUGGAGUGAGAUCAAGUAUUUAUUUUAACCAAAUACCACAUACAGUAUGUGUAUUUUAAUGUUUAAUGCCUAUGAUAUACUACAUGUUAUUUUUGCUUAAUGUGUGUACAUGUAUUUAUGUAAAUGCUUUAUUUAAAAUAUGUGUCAUAUUUAGCAUUUUCUUUUGUUUUAUUUUUAGAGUUGAUUUUCAUAUUUUACCACUUGGUGCACUGUGUGCUUAUACUAUCUGAUACUGUGCCAUUUGCUUUUCUUCUUUCUGUUUAAGAGAAGAUUUGAGAUUUUAACAGUACUCAGUAGUAGUAAGGCACUACUGACACUAUCAGGUUAGGGGUUUGAUUCCCAUAGGAGCGGAUACUAAAUAUACAUCUGGGUCUACAUAUGUAGAUUGGUCUGGUCUUGAUACAGCUUUACAUCAGAGCCACCUUUACCAACUUUUUUUUCUAUAAUGGCAAUGUUCUUCAUCGAGACCAAUGCAUGAAGUUAAGGCUGUUGGAGUUUCAAGAUAUGGACAGGAUCAUCAGUUUAUAUCGAUUUUCCAUCCUUAGACACUAAAUACCCACCUGCUUUUGUAACAAAACUGCUACAGCUGUUUACCACAGUAAAACAGCCAACACAUUGUUACAUUUGAGAAGGGAAUAUAGGGAUGUAGAGGAUCCCUAGCUAUAUGAUUUUAAAAAAAGCAAAAUCACAAAAAUCAGAAAGUCUAUUUUGCCCUUCCUACUUACUGAACUUGAGACAAUCAGUCCUACAUUCUACCAAUGUGUAGUAGUAUACCACAAGAGAUACACAGUUACAGUAUAUAACUGGAUCUCUGGUUUGCAGAAUGAGCUGAAUCAGGACAGAUUGUGACUGAAUGAAUGAAUGAAUGAAAAAAGAUAAUGUUGAUAAUGUUAAUGAUAAUGUUGUUGUGAACUGAUGCUAACUUCACCAGCCCGGACCAUAUUGAGGGCAGCCAGGUCUGGGAGGGGCACUUGAAGCUCCUAAGGAGAUUUACUCUUGUCCUUUUCAUCUGCACUCAUUGCUCUCUCUUUGCCGGCUCCUUCUGCUGCUCCAUUCACUCUCAUUUGUUCCUCUUAUUGGCCAGCUGUCCACCACAUAAGUGGCACCUAAGAACAUUAUCCUUCAUGUUACAGGGAUAAUCAUUUAAAUGUCAUUAUGCAACACUAGAUACUGAAGGAGAUGUAGGCAAGUUGAGGCCAAAAUGAUGACAGUCACCCACAGGUUUUUCUGGAGUUUGAGUUUAGGCUUCACUAUUGUCUUGAUAUGUGAAAACGUGAGGAAAUGCUCCAGCUACACCUUUGUGUCUUUUGAGAUUCUUCUUAAUUAAAGUAACUUAAUUGUGAUCCCAGUCACUUGUGUUAAGCAUCUGGUGGCCAUCAGAGAAACUACUUUCAUCAUUCAGCCAUGGUUGUUGAUGCAUGAGGUUAAACUUUUAGGGUCCAACCCCCCACUAAACCAAAGUGAUGCAAGAAGGUAUAUGUUCCUUUAUAUCCUAAUUUCUCCACUCCUACAUGGAUGCUUUUCUGUUCCGAUUUAGUACUUUGAACAUGGAGCACUGCGUUACAAAUUUCCGACUACACCUUUGCUAUGAAAGACCUUGAGAAACUGUUGCAUCUUUGUGUGCAGGUCCAACUCACCUGUAGCCACAGGUCGGACUGUGCUCCAAGUGUGUGACACAAUGUCCUCACAUGAGUAGCAACUUUACAACCUUACAACUUUAGAAGUCUAGGUGGCAGAAGCACUUGAUUUUCUCUGAAAAAAAGCAAAGAACUACCAUUGUGAACGCAAAACUCUGGGCCCAGAAUCAUUUAAAGAUCCCCUCGGGACACGUAUUAAGACAUAUACAAGUAAUCUUCUUAAAACAAUAAUGUGUCUGAUAUGUUUUUUUGCAACAAAUGUAUAAUUUCCACAUUAAAAUCAUCUACUCCUUCUACCCUAAUAAUUCCAGAAUAUAUGAAUAUGCACAUUUUGUUAGUUUUCCUGCUGUCUCCUACUUCCCUGUAAAGCCCGUUCCCAGUGUGUGCAUUCUGGCGGCUUCAAGUUUCCAUGUCAGAUUUGUAUAAGCUGCAUACUGGACUGGGAUGAUGAAUUUAUAAUUUACGUACGAUUUACGUCACAAAUCAUACUCGUAGGCUCCGCCCCUUAAAAUCAUAUUUUAAAUGAGCACAGAGAAACCUUUCCACUUUCUAGCAGAUGAAUGUGAAAAACCAUCCUUCCUAGUGUCAAACUCUGCACAGACAGCAGCAUGCUGUAGGAACAAGAGGAAACGCAGAUUUUUGAGUGGAGGGUGAGACCUUUGCACUUUUGUUCCCACAAAGUAGCAAUUUCUGAUUGUCCAGUAAAUGACACACAGCAUGCGCAUGUCUCGCUCUCUGUUUUGUCCUGUCUCUGCUGUCCCUCAGCCCCUCCCAGUGUCCCUGACCUGUCCCCAUUUUCUGCUGUUUGAGGGCGAGCAGCGAGUGGACAGAUGUUGUCGGCCAUCAGUGUGAUCUGCAGCAGUGAAGGGAAGGAUUUAGUUGGUGUUAAGUCUAUGACAGCGUUUCCAUCUAAAAAAAGACUAAUGUGUCAGUGUCAUGCAACAAUUCUGCACCGACAGUUCAUGCUGUUGCUUCGCCUGGUUUUCAUUCAGUCAUUCAUUCAUUCUGGUGACUGUCCUGCUUUCAGUCUCACGGAUAUUGUUUGUGUGUCUAUGUGUCUCAUGUCAACCUCCAAAGAGGAGAAAAAGCCUUUAGUCUGCACCUCUUUUCUUUUUUUAAGGUUUUACUACUAAUGUAUAUGUGAGGUAGCAGCACUGAGAUUAAGAGAUUGAAUCAUGAAUGUAGAGGUUGUGGCACGCUGAAGAAUCAUCACGAGCACAAACGUCAUCUCCUCUCUAAGCAGAUUUGAUGCACUUGGGGAUAGUUCAUAGUUCUGAAGAGAAGCUCCAAAUCCGUCAAUUGUCGUCUGUUCCAUCAGGAAGAUUUUGUGAGAAAGUCUUUGCUAGAUUUUAAGCUCUUUUGCUUUCUGAUUUGUAACAGUACCUUCCUCCGUCCUUGUGCUGCAAACUGUAAUCGCAUUUCUACUAAUAAUUUACAGUAAAAUCAUCUACAGUUUGGUCUUAUUGUGCAGUCAAGGGAUUACUGGGACGCUGAACAGAUUGACCUAGUAUACUCGCUUAGCCCGGAGCGCAGACAGAUUGCUAAAAAAGAAGAACUUGCUGAAAAAGUGGAAAAAGUCUAUAGCUGAAGUGGAAAACAAAAAAAUCACUAAACUAGUUUUUUUUUUAGAACUCAGUAGGUAGAUGAGUGACUGUUUGUGUGGCUGACAGUGUGACUCACUGGCUGCCUUGUUGGAUAAAUCAGUUCCUGAGGGUUUAGUUUGAUGAACUGAGGCUGAGCGACUGUCUGAGAGCGUAGGAGUGAAAGCAAACCACCUUUUGACAACAUUGCCCUGUUGUCAGACACUGACGGAGAAACUAUAUACAUGACCCAGACAUCUGACACAGUUUCUGAAGUGGAAGAUCACAUGACCGAGGGUGUCAUAAUUAACAUAUAGCACCAGAGAAAUAAAAGGUCACACCAGUCACCAAGGGAAGUCUCUUUUUAUCAAAUAGGCAUAUUUACAUAUUGUAAUCAAGUUGUGUUCUUGAAGAAUUCUUAACGGGCAUAUUUUGGCAGUAAAUGCUGAUUUAAUUCACCCAACUUUAAACCUGACUGUGCCAGGUGGUUUGUUAUACAGAACCAUCUGGGAAGUUAUUUGUAAAAGGGUAGGCACUUUCAAAAACAUACUUGGCAGGUUGGUUGGAAUUGGAUGAACCAUCUGUCUAUUGCCAUCUAUCACCGGCGAACUUCAACCAUUCAGAUCAACGAAUCAUAUAUCUUAGUGAAACUCUUACCAAAGCCAGUCAGCGGAGAGAGAAGAAAAUAUAAAAUAGGUACGACUUCAGACGAGGUAUUUAAUGCAAACGCACUGUCUAUGUCCUUUUGGAUGAUAUCAACAACCACCGGUAUGUAGGAGAGACUGCGUGUGAUUUUCAGGCUGUUUUUGGAACGGCACGACUGUAAAAAUGUAUGAGGCAUCCUACUGUAUCCCUGCAGAUGAAUGUGCAGAAGGUUCCUGAUAUGAACACAAGCUUUCCGCACAUUCAUUCAGGUGCCUAGUUUGACUGUUUGCUUCCUCCACUGACCUCAAAUGCUCCGCCGCCGGACCGACAUCAGCAGGUCAAGCUUAUAUUGUGACUGUGAUGAUUUCUAAAAGUGUAUUUUUUUCUGCUUUUGAUAUCAGAGAGAAGCACCUGUAAUCUCUCCUUCUUAUGUUUCUGACCUGCUCUGGCUUUCCUCUUUCCUCCUGAGCUCAGUCUUACAGUUGUGUAACUGCUGUAUGUUUCAAAGCGCUUUUCCCAGAAGGCCUGUCUGCUCUGUGUGUUGUACAAUAAAAGCA